AUGGCGGAGAACGGUGAAGAGAAGUUACUUGCUGUGGCGCGUCACAUAGCCAAGACGCUUGGCCACAAUGAAUCCAUGGCCGAUGACAUCUUACAGAUCUUUUCCAACUUCGACGGCAGAUUUUCGCGCGAGAAGCUUGCAGAAGGUCAAGCUGGGGAAGAUGGAUCCGGAGUCGCUGUACUCGAGCGAGCUCUGAAUUCGCUAGACGGUCAGAUCUCCCGCUUUGUCGCCGCCGAUCAGCCAAUCUGGGCUGAUCCUGCUGAUUCCGCUGCCUUCCUCGACACCAUCGAUGAGCUGGUGAGUAUCACCAGGGAGUGGGGGCCCAUGGCCUCCGAGAAGCCAGUCGGCGUCUGCCUCGCACGCGCCGACGACAUGAUGCAACAGGCUAUGUUCCGCAUCGAGGAGGAGUUCAGGUCACUUAUGGAGCGCGGCGCCGAGUCGUUCGGCCUUAAUCCGCAGGGAGACGGCGCUGCGAUGAACAAUCGUUUCGACUCCGACGAAGAGGAUGACUACGACAGAGACUUCCAGAACGGUGACGAUAUCCAGAUCCCAGUGGCGCAGCCACUCACCGACUACGACCUCAUCAUCGACGCCCUCCCUUCGGCGACAAUCAACGAUCUGCACGAGAUGGCCAAGCGGAUGCUGGCCGCCGGAUUCGGUAAGGCGUGCUCCCACGUUUACAGUGCUUGCAGGAGAGAGUUUCUGGAGGAAAGCAUGACGAGGUUAGGGCUACAGAAGCUGAGUAUCGAAGAAGUUCAUAAGAUGCCGUGGCAGGAGCUGGAGGAUGAGAUAGACCGGUGGAUCAAAGCCGCUAACGUCGCUCUCCGCAUCCUCUUUCCGAGCGAACGCCGCCUCUGCGACCGUGUCUUCUUCGGUUUCUCCUCAGCUGCCGAUCUCUCGUUCAUGGAGGUAUGUCGCGGCUCUACCAUUCAACUCCUGAAUUUCGCAGACGCCAUUGCCAUAGGAAGCCGUUCGCCUGAGAGAUUGUUCAAAGUGCUCGACGUGUUCGAGACGAUGAGGGAUUUGAUGCCUGAGUUCGAGUCUGUGUUCUCGGACCAGUUUUGCUCAGUUCUUAGGAAUGAAGCAGUGACCAUCUGGAAACGAUUGGGAGAGGCAAUAAGAGGUAUAUUCAUGGAGCUUGAGAAUCUGAUCCGGCGAGACCCGGCGAAAGCUGCCGUUCCAGGCGGUGGUCUCCACCCAAUCACUCGUUACGUCAUGAAUUACCUCCGCGCGGCCUGCAGAUCCCGGCAAACCUUAGAGCAAGUGUUUGAGGAAAGCAAUGGCGUGCCAUCUAAAGACUCGACUCUGUUGACCGUACAGAUGUCUUGGAUCAUGGAGCUUUUAGAGAGUAACUUGGAAGUAAAAUCAAAAGUGUAUAAAGAUCCAGCGUUGUGCGCUGUGUUUCUGAUGAACAACGGGAGAUACAUUGUUCAGAAGGUCAAGGAUGGGGACUUAGGGUUACUCUUAGGAGAGGAUUGGAUCAGGAAACACAACGCCAAAGUAAGGCAAUACCAUUUGAGUUAUCAGAGAAACUCAUGGAACAAGAUGCUUGGGAUGCUGAAGGUGGACAAUACAGCGGCAGGCAUGAACGGAUUGGGGAAAGCCAUGAAAGAGAAGCUGAAGCAGUUCAAUACGCAGUUUGAUGAGACAUGCAAGACGCACUCGACGUGGGUUGUGUUUGACGAGCAGCUGAAAGAGGAGCUGAGGAUCUCACUGGCCAGGCUGUUGUUGCCUGCGUACGGGAACUUCAUCGGGAGGUUUCAGAACCUUGGAGACAUAGGGAAAAACGCGGACAGGUACAUCAAGUACGGAGUUGAGGACAUAGAGGCGCGUAUCAACGAGCUGUUCAAAGGGACAACCACCGCAAGAAAAUGA